UUUGGAAGACCAUUUCAUUGCAGAGAAGCUGCAGAAAACUUUGAAGCGGCUACAGCGCGUGGGACGAAAUCGCCUGAUCCAACUGUGGUUGAGUGCAGAGAACUUCCUCUCGCUCCGAGCUUUGGGAGCUAUAAAUUGCCCCCCCUACCCUGUCAUCCCAAGUAACAAAACAUUCCUCUUACCCAUCUCUUCCUCCUUGUUUCCAUCACCCAGAAGGUGGUCAAUCAUUCCUUCAGCAAAGCCAUAGACACACGCUAGCCACUACACAAACAAAUAUGAGUCGUUCUGCAGUUUCCAGGUUUAACUUAGCUUCCAUGCUGCUGUUCCUGGCGAUGGUGUCCUGUGAAGCGCAUCUGACACCCAAAUAUUACGCCAAUUCCUGCCCACAAGCACUCUCCACCAUUAGGACCGCGGUUAGGUCUGCGAUCGCAAGAGAGAGACGCAUGGCGGCAUCCAUCAUCCGCCUCCAUUUCCAUGAUUGCUUUGUUCAGGGAUGUGAUGCUUCGCUCUUGCUGAAAGAUGGCAAAGGCAUUAUAAGCGAGCAAAAGGCCCUACAGAACUUCCAAUCAGCCAGAGGAUAUGAAGUCAUUGAUAGCAUCAAAGCCGCGGUGGAGGAGGUGUGUCCGGGAGUAGUUUCUUGUGCUGAUAUUCUAGCAGUCGCAGCUCGGGAUUCCUCAGCAUAUGUGGGUGGCCCGACAUGGACGGUGAAGCUCGGAAGAAGGGACUCAACCGCCGCUAACAAAGAUCUGGCCGAGCAAAACUUGCCGAUAGCCACCGUCGACGACCUCGACAGACUCAUUUCGCUAUUCGAUCGACAAGGACUCAGCGUCAAAGACAUGGUUGCCCUCUCAGGUGCACACACCAUUGGGCAGGCUCGUUGUGUCACUUUCCGAGGAAGGAUCUACGGCGAAACAAACAUCGACUCCGGCUUCGCCAAAACGCGAAGCCGUAGGUGUCCAUCGACGGCUGUCGGCAACAACACCUUGGCGCCGCUUGACCUGGUGACGCCCAACUCCUUCGACAACAACUACUACAAGAACCUCCUCACCAACAAGGGCCUGCUGCACUCCGACCAGGUCCUCUUCAACGGUGGGCCGACCGACGACAUCGUCAGGCUUUACAGUAAGGAUCAGGCUGCUUUCUUGUCGGACUUCGCGGAUGCCAUGGUGAAGAUGGGGGAUAUCAGCCCUCUCAUCGGCUCAGCUGGGGAGGUCAGAAAGAUCUGCAGCGCCACCAACUGAUAUCCACAGUACAUCAUUUUCUUCUUCUUCUUCUUCUUCUUCUUCUUCUUCUUCUUGUGUGGAGCAAAUUGUGCCGUGUUGUUGUUUGAUUGAUUCUUUUGACUUUGUUGCUUUGAAUAAGCUGUAAGCUGUAAGUAGCAUGGAGCUAAUGGCGGAUGGAACAGAGACCUGUUGAAUUCAAACAUUUAAUUGGGACUUACAUUAAUUAGAUGCUAUGUUACAAUCUACUUUUUGUGAUGCCACUUUAACCUACGUUACAUCAAGAAUUUAUGGAAGAAAGC